GCGGCGGCCACCGGCCGGGAGGGACUACAGAUCCCAGCCAGCAGCGCGCCACGCAAGGGCAAGAGGAGGAGCUCGGAGCGGUGCGGCCCGGCGGCACCAGGCAGGCGGCCAUGGGGAAGCGUUACUUCUGUGACUACUGUGACCGCUCCUUCCAGGACAACCUCCACAACCGCAAGAAGCACUUGAACGGGCUGCAGCACCUCAAGGCCAAGAAGGUCUGGUACGACAUGUUUCGAGAUGCUGCUGCCAUCUUGCUGGACGAGCAGAACAAGAGGCCAUGCAGGAAGUUCCUGCUGACAGGCCAGUGCGACUUUGGCUCCAACUGCAGAUUCUCCCACAUGUCGGAGCGCGACCUGCAGCAGCUGAGUAUCCAGGUGGAGGAGGAGAGACGGGCCAGGGAGUGGCCACAGGAGGUCGCUGAGCCCCCCGAGGGCACUCUGGAGGACUGGCUGGAGAAGAGAGCCAAGCGACUGAGCUCAGCCCCAAGCAGCAGGGCGGAGCCCAUCAGAGCCACCGUCUUCCAGUACCCUGUGGGCUGGCCACCGAUCCAGGAGCUGCCGCCGUCCCUGCGGGCACCCCCACCGGGGGGGUGGCCCCUGAAGCCCAGCGUCCAGUGGGGCUAAGCCCCUGCGCC